AUGGCGCUGGGCGGCGGCGGGCGCUGGGCGUGGGCCGGGAGCGCGGGUCCGGGGGCGCAGAUGGCGGGCACAGCGGCGGAGGGGCCAGCGAUUGCGUCUCAGUUCUCCGUCGGCGGCCAUGACUGGUUCAUCCGAUUCUACCCUGACGGGUACAGCGAAGUGAGCUACGACAACCCAGAUUGCAUCUCAGUUUAUCUUCCGCUCUGCAGCAAAGGCGCCCAUGUGCGGGCGUCCUGCGACCUGAGGCUGGUCGACCAGCACACCGGGAUGUCGGCGUCGGAGCACAAGACGGAGCCGAGGAUGUUCAGCUCCGGCGAGCUUAGCAUGUAUGCUCCGCAGACAAGCCUGUUCAAGGAUCGGAGCAGCUUGGAGUCUUCCGUCUACCUCAAGGACGAUCACCUCACCAUCGAGUGCAUCGUCACCGUGUUCAAAGAUCCACAGCGUCAGAGAUCGGGGAGCAUCUCGGCAAGCUGCUGGAGGCAGGCCAUGGGGCAGACGACGUUCAGGGUUAGAGGGCAGACGUUCAGAGUUCACAAGUCCGUGCUCGCCGUGCGAUCGCCGGUGUUCGGGGCAGAGUUCUUCGGGCCGAUGAAGGAGGCGACGGCGCAGCUCCUGACCAUCAAAGGGAUGUUCAGCUCCGGCGAGCUUAGCAUGUUGGAGAGUGCAAGCACUUCAUCUACACCGACUCCUUGCCAGUGA